AUGCCAACUAACAGUGACCGUUUUGUGACCAGGCAUGCCUCCUUGACGGCGAUCUCCGUGCUUCUCGCUGCGCUGCUGGCGGCGAACGGCAGUGUCACCCCUGUCGCAGCCCAAAGCUAUAAUUGCAGCGCAAAUCCCGCGGUGGCCUCGGUGACUCCCAAGUACGCGAACCGCUUCUUCCGGGUGAUCAGCACCAUCUCGAACCUCUACCCCAUUCAGAACUGGGCCGCGGACACCCGCCUCCAGCCGGUUCUCACGCCGCUGCGCACCGAAGGCAGAUGCAAGGCAUCAUGGGCCAUCACGGCAGUGAGCGCGGUGGAAAUGGCGUACGCGUUAGUGGCUGACUCGGUGCCCUCCAUGGCGCCCCCUCAGCGCCUAUCACUACAGCAGGUGCUGGACUGCAGCUACAGCACGAGCAGCAACUGCAUCGACGGUGGGUGGCUGACGGCAGCAGCGCUGGACUACAUGGUGGACGCCACACGCCAGUGGGGGCUGUUCCCAAUUUGGCUGUUCUCAAUGGGGCUGUUCCCAAUGGGGCUGUUCCCAAUCAGCAGCAACUGCGUUGACGGCGGGUGGCCGACGGCAGCGCUGGACUACAUGGUGGACGCCACACGCCAGUGGGGGGGCCUCGCCGCCGAGACACCCUUCUUCCCGUACCUGCAGAGGCAGAGCAGAUGCGUCCGGCGCAAGGCGACGACCAUAGGCAUCACGGGGUACGACCAGGUGGACUUCUACAGCUGGUUUGGCCUUCUCCUUGCUGUCAACGUGGACUUCUACGGCUGGUUUGGCCUUCUCCUUGCUGUCAAUGUAAGCCUUGCUGUCAACGCAAGCCUUGCUGUCAACGUGGACUUCUACGGCUGGUUUGGCCUUCUCCUUGCUGUCAAUGUAAGCCUUGCUGUCAACGCAAGCCUUGCUGUCAACACGCAACCCACCAUUGCAUUCGUGCAAGGCUCCUACCCCUCCUUCCAGACGUACACGCAGGUACGAGAAGCACUGUAUGGUGUGUGUUUUGAGCCGACCCAGAAGCAGUCACCCCUCCUUCCAGACGCACUCUCAGAGGGCAUAUACAGCGACCCAGGGUGUGCAGCGGCAGGAGUGGUGGAUCACAGCGUGCUGGUGAUGGGGUGGCGCGAGAGGUACUUUUGGGUCGACUAUAAAAUGGUGCAAGAGGGCACCUACAGCGACGCAGGGUGUGCAGUGGCGGGGGUGGUGGAUCACAGCGUGGUGGUGAUGGGCUACAGCAUCACGGCUGACAGCGCAUUCUGGAUCCUCCGCAACUCCUGGGGGGCCACGUGGGGCAUGCAGGGUUACAUGCAAAUGGCCUUUGAGGGAGGCGUUGGCAUCUGUGGCAUUCACUCAGUGCCGGCCCUCUACCCCAUCAUUAAGACUGACGUGUGCAGCCUGCAGGAUGACAAUCCCUGUGCGGUCGGCACGUGCAUCAACGACAAUGCGGGCGGCUUCUUUUGUCUCUGUCCGCCGGGAUUUGACCAGGGGUACCGGCCCAAUGGCGCUUACACAUGCGUCCCAACCUCCAACCCCUCAUACACCGUCGUCUUCCCAAUAGACAUCGACUGCCCGCUAGUCUACCAGCUCUACGGCCUCACGGAGGAGGCGUUUCUUGCUCAGAACCCCAACCUGAGCAUGGACCACUGCGUGACCAUCCCCAAAAGCACGUACGCGAGCGUGCUGCCGCCCCUCAUGGGGUCGAGCAUGGAUCACUGCGUGACCAUCCCCAAAAACACGGAAGUGAGCGUGCUGCCACCCCUCAUGGGGUCUGUGCAGUGCGGGCUGUUCUACUCGUGGACGGCGAAUGACACAUGCAAGGGCGUCGCGGGCUUGUUCUCGCUCACAGUGGCCGGCUUUCUUCGUCUCAACCCCGGGAUCAACUGCACGAGUAAAACCGCCUGGAAUGCUCCGACUGUGAACCAGCAGGUGAGAUUCGACCUGCCCUUGGGCGCGCAGCUGUGCAUGGCAAUAGGCUACGGGGCAGACCUGUUGGGUGCGCAGCUGUGCAUGGCACUAGGCUACGGGGCAGACCUGCCCUUGGGCGCGCAGCUGUGCAUGGCACUAGGCUACGGGGCAGACCUGCCUGCACCGAGGCAACGGGGCAGACCUACCCAUGUGCACGGCAUGCUGUGCGUGGCAUUAGGCAACGGGGCGGACCUACCCAUGUGCACGGCAUGGUACACAGUAAAGGCAGGGGACACGUGUGCGGACAUCAUGGCGGAUCAUUCUCUCAACGACACCACAUUCUUUGCACUCAACCCGGGGCUGGGCUGUGACAGCCUCUUCCCCUCCGUUGGGGGAAGCCUCUUCCCUUCCUUCAGUGGCAGCGGCCGCGGCUGGAGUGGGGAUGGCGUGCAGGUGAGCAGUGGAGUGCGGUGA